UCGAGCUUGGUGCAUCACCCCAGACACGAUCGCGAUGUCGUCGUACGAGUUGCCCGCCAACGCCAGCGAGGACGUGCUUAGAAGCAAGAUAGACGAAGUGCAAGGCAACCUGCAUUCGCUGAACAUAUCCAACUGCAUCGUAGCGGUACCGGCAUUGCUAUUGUCGCUCGCGUCCGGCCUCAGAAACCUACAAACUCUGUCCUGCAUCGCGUGCCCUCUGAAGGCGAGCCUUCUUCUGGACCGGCUGCUGACGUCGUUGCAGAACGUCACGCAGCUGGACUUCUCGCUCGUCGACGCCAUGGACGACGCCAAGGAAGAACUAUUCAAGAUCCGGCACUUGGGGAUCGUGCACGCGGGUAAGCAGACCAAUAUUCGCAAGAUGUACGUCGAGGUGGCGGACAAACACAACACACAGGUGCUGCUGCUGUUCCUAAAUUACUGUCCGCUCCUGAAGGACUUGCACGUUCACUUCGUGCACGACGUCAGUUCUGACUUGUGCGCGGCGACGUGCUCGAGCAUCGCCGACCACUUGCUCAAUCUUGUGAUAUUUACGGUCACUUGCGAGGCGCCGUCCACGGCGCAGUCGGACCCGAGGCAGCCGAUUGACUUGCGUUACUGCAUCGACCUUCACGGUAACGCGGUCUUCCGAAAGAGUCCGCUGGCCUUCAACUGCGCCCAACUGCGAAACGUGGUCCUGUCACCAAAUUCGACAUUCCCGCUUGAACCAGUCGUCCUGGUGGCCGUCGACAGACCGGAUCUCGGUUUCCUUAUUGGCGUCCCUCGGUACAAUUGCAGCCAGUUACGGAGCCUGUGCGUCCUGCUGUACGCCCGCAACCUCGACCAAGCCGUGUAUCCGACCAUCAGCACUAUGCACAGCACGGCCCUGCGCCAAUUCUUCGCCAAGCUUCACAACCUCGUCGAGCUUAACGUCAGCUCCUUCCACUUCGACGACAGCGUCGACUUCACGGAGCUCCUGGCUGCACCCGCCCUGCAGCGCCUCCGAGCGCUGUCCCUGCCACCCUGCGGCUUGCGUCCGGAAGGCGCCGUGCGACGGCUGGCCCUCAGGCUCGGCGACGUGGAAGACCUGGACAUCAGACUGAACUUAGACGGCCGCCACAAGAGUUGUCGUUCGUGCGACAAGGAACUGACCAUUGAACCUGUGGAUGCGAGCGCGUUUCGCAACGGGUCUGGCCGUCUUACGCUGAGCAACGUGCCUAACCUGGUUUCUGUGAACUUUCUCCCGCAUUUCAAGAUGCCCCACCUGCGAUUCAUCGACGACUCCGACGUGCCGCAUUUCGACUACAGGGCACUCUCAAUGACUUUAAGCUCUAGUAAAACCCUCCGCUCCCUCGUCAUCGGGAUGGCCCUCAUUAACUUCAGCGAGAUGUCCUUUGAGUUCUUGCUAUGCCCUGCGAUCGCUCUGGAACGCCUGUGCCUGCUCACCAAGACUAAGCUGGCGACAUGGAAAGCGCAUUUGGUCGUGGAAGCCAUGGCCCGCCAGCUGCCAACCAUCUUCUACAUCCACAUCCACUAUGUGGAUGUUGAAACGGGCUCGGAAACCACUGUCACCUGGAUUGGCCGACACGAAGGCGAAGCGGCGGGCCCAUCAAGUCGACCAAGUGUGAUGCAAAAGAAGCCUUGUAUCAUGUGCUCCACACAGACCUUCGUGGGCCUCGCAAAGCCGCACUACCGUGAACUGCAGUAGACCAAGGAGCACGUACAUCGCCUCUCAAAGGGUCACUGCAGCAUCGACACCUCGGUCUUGGAUAGACACUUUUUUGCCUCUUAUAGAUUGACGUGUGUCGCGAAAUCUCAUGUGCCUCUUAUUCAAAAGCGUCACCUACAGAUAUAUCGUCGUAACACCUCCAACAUGACAUUCGCUUUUAAUCGCAAACUAGCGAUUUGUGAAACAGCUAAUGAAUUUUAUUGCUCCUCCUGACUGUAGUCUAGUUGCUACUCGGGGACACCCGAUCUCGCCCACCUAAAGUAUCGUCAACGUAUCUAAAACUUCCGACAGGUUGACCCAAAUGUGAUAAAGAUCUCGUCAGCACCUUGCAUGGGUCAAACAUUGUCCGAAUAUUUAGAUACGUUGACGACUUCUUAGUAGUUCCUGAUUAUCCAAUUAACAAUUGUGACUUCACAGUAGCAGUGCAACGUAUGAUGUUUUUAA